AUGACUGUACCGUUGAAAAAGAAUAGCGUGUGUGAAAAAAUUGUGCGUCGUAAAUUAGCUAUCUUUGUUUUUUUCCUGGAAUGCAUUUUAUUGAUACUAUUUAAAGCAUUUGGAGCAUACACAUCAAGAGCUGAUGGUUCCAAUAUCUAUAAUAGCAUUGAACCAUUAUUUGGUGGCUUCAAUUCUAGAAAAUUCGAAGAAAUAUUUAGAAUAUAUUCGAUUUUCCAGGACGUUCAUGUCAUGAUCUUCAUUGGGUUUGGUUACUUAAUGGUCUUUUUAAAAAAAUAUGGAUACAGUUCGGUAGGAUUCAACUUUCUAGUCGGCGCAAUUACUUUACAGUGGAGUAUUCUAUGUCAAGGAUUUUUCGAAUUGACUGAUGAUUAUAAAAUAGAAAUUGGUUUAAUGAGCUUAUACCGAGCAGAUAUUGCCACAGCUGUUGUUUUGAUUUCCAUGGGCGUAGUUUUAGGUAGAACAUCAUAUACACAGCUAAUUGUAAUGGGCAUUUUAGAAAUAGUUGCAUAUUCUGCAAACAAUUAUUUGAAUUCAACAAUUUUUAAGGCAGUUGAUGUGGGUGGAUCAGUAGUAGUACAUUCGUUUGGUGCAUAUUUUGGUUUGGCCGUAAGUUACAUGUUAGGAAGGAGCCACAAUAAUUCUUCCUGUUUCAAAGUUGAAAAUAUUCGAGAGAGCUCUUACACGUCUGAUUUACUAGCAAUGAUCGGAACUAUAUUUUUAUGGCUCUACUGGCCAAGUUUCAAUGCUAUUGAUCUAGAUACAGAUAAGGCUUACAGAGCUAUCAUUAAUACCUACUUAUCCUUAACUGCAAGUUGCGUCACUGCUUUUAUUACAUCACAACUUACUUUUACGGAUCAUAAGUUUAAUAUGGUUUACGUUCAAAAUGCAACUUUAUCAGGAGGAGUUGCUAUUGGAGCAUCUGCAAAUUUGAUGGUAGAACCAUUUGGUGCAAUUUUAAUUGGAUUUUUAGCAGGAGCACUGUCAGUGUUUGGAUACAAAAUAAUAUCGCCAUUCAUAGAAAAGCAUCUCUCUAUUGAAGAUACAUGUGGCGUACACAAUCUCCAUGGUAUGCCGGGACUUCUUGGUGGAAUUGCAGCUAUUAUAAUGGCCUCCAUUGCAAGCGAGAAGCAAUACCAUAAAACCCUAUACGAAAUUUAUCGAGCUCGAGCUAGUCCUGUUGUAUCAGAACCUACAGAAUACAUUCAUCUAGAAGCAGGUGAUGGUAGAACAGCAGGUCAGCAAGCAGGGUAUCAAACUAUUCUUGUAUUAGUCACAAUUGUUAUGUCAGUGUUUUCCGGUUUUUUAACAGGAUUUAUUAUGAACUUCAAAUGUUGGAACCAAGUGACCGCAGAAUCUUUUUACGACGAUGCUGUAUUUUGGAAUCUUCCGAAAAAUGAACUUGAAGUUGAAAAUUUAAAGAACUAUCAAAUAACAGUAACAGGCAAACUAUAUAAUUCACAAAACAUUUUAAGAAUGUCUGAUGUAGAGCGAUAUUAGGCCGAACCAUAAGUACCAUUUCAGAUAGGAGGAAAAUAUACUCACAAUAUAUUUUUAACAUAUUUUAGCUUUUAAAAUGUUGUCUUUUCCUAAUAAAAUUAU